CUCAAAUGACUGGAUACCUUGAUCACACUUUCUCAUGCUAACCAAUAGAAAGACAUUAUAUAAAAGAAAGGCAGUGUUUUGUUAUUUUUUGAACCUUUUGUUAUUUAUUCUGUAAACACAAUGGCCAGUACUAGUAAUGCAGCAUAUGAGUUCUCAGAAGUGCGCUCGACGCCCAUUCAGUAUUCGAGAUCUAAUAGAUCCUCAUCGGAAGAAGAGAGCCCGAGAAACGAUUUAUGCUCAGUCCAUUCAGGACGACAUGGCGUGUUUUAUUUUAGUACGCCUUUGCCCAAACAAAAGCAUGAGCCCUACCAAUAUCACGGCGCAGCAUCUUCCGCUAAAAGUAUCAAGAGCGUAUUUAGUAUUGGACGGUCGUGGCGCCAAAAAAGAAUGAAUAUUUUAUUAAAAAAGAAACCGUAUUUACCAGACACUGAAACUGAAGCGUUUUGCGAGGGCUGUGGAAAAUACAUCACCACUCGGAUUCGGUAUCGAAACGGAACCUAUGUAUGGCUCAUGUCAUUUAUUCUUCUUUUAUGUACAGCCAUAUUAUUUUGGAUCCCCUUUUAUGUAAAGUAUUUCAAAGAUGUAGCUCAUUUUUGUCCGGGAUGUGGUAAACGGAUAGGUGUAUCUCGUCGCUUGUAGCACAUUAAAAACACGAGUAAAUAAACAUGAGAUUUUUUUUUUCUUUGUAAACAAAAGGGGAGCCAAUUCCAGCUUAUUUCCUUGCACGUGUAAAGGAUCGUCAUGGAAACUAAAACGGGGGCUCGCUAUAAGUGGGGUUCUAU